AGGACUUGAAGAUGACGUCACUGCAGGGCCUUGGUUGAAUCCCGGAAGUAUGAUUUGUUUGUUUUUCUGAGCCAGUGGUUUUUCGUGCUGGGCUGAGGAAGUGGAAACAGGACCAUAUAUUCAGGAAUGUGGCUGGACGAAGAUGGCUGCAGUUGAUCUCGUAUUCUGUCAAGGCAACGGUGACAGUGAUCAGACAGACAGGACGGUGCUUAUUGUUGGUCAACUAAGUCAUCUUCACAGCCUGGACUGGAGCGACGUCAGGGACGUACUUCAGCCUCGUGUCGACAAUGAGACCUGGAAAACAGCCCUGAAUUCUUUGAGGCCAGAUCCGACAGACAAAUGUCCCCUUUGGUUAAACUGUGUGACAGUGGCUGCCCUUCCUUCAAAAGUCAGCCGACACAACACACCCUCUUCUGCCCAUGCGCUCACACGGUUGGUCCAAACAUGCUUCCCUGGAAAACGGAAUGGACACAUUGUGGUUGUGUGUGAGAAGAGAUCUGUUUUUGCCUCGGCAUGUGCAAUUGCCAGAGCCUUCCCUCUCUUCUUCCGGCUUUCUGGUUACAACCCGCUGGACAGAGGUUAUAGGAUCACCGCUGAGUUUGUUUGUGUGGAACCUAACAAGGAACCGCUCAGUACAGCUACGCUAAUGUGCUUAUCCAGGGUUGCAGAGAGUAUCAGAUUGGCAGCCCGCAUUGUUGAUUCCCCUUGCAGUGAGAUGGAUACAGAACAGUUUCUUGAGGAGGUCAGAGCAGUCGGUUCAGAGCUGAGAAUCACUCCAAUCAUCUUUCAGGGAGAGGAACUUCGCAAGAGAGGAUUUGGAGGUAUCUACGGAGUGGGCUGUGCAGCGGAAACCCCCCCUGCCCUGGCAGUUCUCAGUCACACUCCACCCAGCGCCACACAAACCAUUGCCUGGGUUGGGAAGGGCGUUGUGUAUGACACGGGUGGCCUGUUGAUCAAGGGGAAAACCGUGAUGCCCGGGAUGAAGAGGGACUGUGCUGGAGCUGCAGCUGUGCUCGGAGCUUUCAGAGCGGCUGUCCAACAGGGUUUCAAAGAAAAUCUUCAUGCCAUUUUUUGCCUGGCUGAAAAUUCAGUUGGUCCCAAAGCAACUAGACCAGACGACAUUCUUCGGUUGUAUUCAAGAAAGACUGUAGAGGUCCGUAACACAGAUGCAGAGGGACGUCUCCUCCUGGCUGAUGGGGUGGUAUACGCCAGCAGAAACCUGAAAGCUGAUAUCAUUUUGGACAUGGCCACUCUCACAGGUGCUCAGGGUGUGGCGACGGGCAGGUACCACGCCGGACUGCUGACCAAUCACGAGGAGUGGGAGCGGGCGUGCGUGUCUGCUGGCCGGAGCAGCGGAGACCUGGUUCAGCCUCUGGUCUUCUCCCCUGAGCUGCACUUCAGUGAGUUCUCAUCUGCUAUGGCCGACAUGAAGAAUUUUGAUCGCAGUAACGCCCCGUGUUCCUGCGGGGGCCUGUUCGUCGGGGCCCAGCUCGGGUUUGACUGGUCGGGGGUGUGGAUUCACGUGGACAUGGUCUUCCCAGCUUACAGUGGGGAGCGAGCUACAGGGUAUGGGGUGGCCCUGCUGCUGGCGCUCUUUGGACGGGCGACUGACGACCCCUUGCUGCAGCUGGUGUCCCCCCUGGGUCCAGACAUGGAAGGGUCCUUGGAAGAGAGCCACUCUCCAAGUAACAGCCCAAAGCGCAGGAAACUCAUCUAGCCACUGUGCUGCAUGACAACACCCACCAUCGCCCUCAAUAGAAAUCCAGUACACUGAGCCUAUUACACACCAACGAUGGGGACUUCCUUCAAAAUGUGCCUGUCACAAAGGAGGGCUGCUAUGGUAUGCCCAGAUACCUCAAUGUAUGUGUUAACAGUGCUUUUAUUAAAUAUGUAUUAAAUUGUUUAUUUUUGCCUCA